CCCACCAACAUCUCCAGCCUCCGGGAGCUCUCGGACACGCCGGGAAAGGGCAGCAGCUCCUCGGACACCCCGGGGAGGGACAGCAGCACAGACACCCCCGGUGGCAAUGGUGGGGUCCCUCCUGCAGACCCCCCGGUCCCCCCCCCGCCCACGCACUGCUGCGGGACCGGCUGCCCCAACUGCGUGUGGGUGGGGUACGUGGAGGAGCUGCUGGAGCGGCACCGGGACGGGGGAGCCCGGGCCCUGGAGGCCGUGGAGCAGCACGUGGAGGACGAGAACAUCAAAAUGAUCCUCAGGAUGGAGAUCAGGCUGCGCUCCAAGAAGGACUGAGCCCCCCCAGGUCCCCCAAACCAGCAGGGGACAGCCCCAGGGCCACCGUUCCAGGCUGGGUGGAGGGAUCUGAUGCGGGAUUAUUUAUAGUGUUUGUUGGUGUGUGCUGAGCACGGGAUCCCAGGGGUGUCACUCCAGGCCGUGUCACCUCCUGCCACAGAGGAUCCUGCCCUUGGGGACAGGCAGCAGCUCAGGCCUGUCCUGAGCCCUGGAUUUCCUGGGAGCUGGAUGCUGUUCCCCCCCCCAGGAUGGCAAAUCCCUACCAAGGGCAGGCUGGGGCGGCCCCUCACACCCAGCCCUCCUCCUCCUCACGCUCCUGGAUGGAAUUUAAGCACCUUGAGGGGAUUUUAAGCACCUUGGCCGUGCCCUGGUGCGGGGGGGCUGUGCUGGACCCCUCCCCAUAAGCCUCUUAGGGGCUUCUCCAUGGGAAGGGCUCGUGAGGGGCAGCGUGUGGCCCCGAGCACGUGGGAAGCAGCAGCCUCGUGUCAAGGACACUGUCCCUGUCCCUGGUGUCACAUCCUGCUCUCCAUGGUGCCUUUUCUUCCUUGAUUCCUUCUGCCUCUAUCUUAAAACCCCCUAAACUUGGCACAACACCCCUCCCCUCCAUCCUGAGGACUCACAGCCAUGAGGACCCCCACGGACCCCCUCAUCAUCCCAGGAUGAGCUUCCCAAUGACCCACCAAGCCCUUGAGUGUCACCCACUAAAGAACCCAAAUUAACAGCCGGGCCCUGCUCUCUGCCACGGAAGUAGCUUGUUCUCCAUGGAAAACACUCCUGGAUCCCCUCUAAUCCUAUUUGCUGGAGCCCAACUAAUUGCAAUUAGUGGCGGGGGCUGAAGUUCAAUUAAAGUGUGCUGAGAUUA